AUGUCUGGCGGUCACUCUAACAGCGGAAUCGGCGGUGCCAUCAAGAAGGGCGUUGGCAUGGUCCAUGGAACUGGCGAAGCUAUCCGCGGAAACUUCAACGCUGCCAUAGAUCAAGCCAGUGGAGACCGUGCAGGCGUCGACAAGAACACAGCAAUCGCCUCCAACGGUGCCAACGAGAUUGAGCACGGCUACCACCGCACUGGUCAUGGUGCAGGUGUCACACCAGUUGACGCUGAUCGCGAGCGUCUGAACACAACUCACACCACAUCGACCAACUACGGCUCGCACAGCACCAACACUGCCAACAAGCUCGACCCACGCUUCGACUCUGACAUGGACCACCGCGGCACUGCAACAGGCUCUACCAACGUAGGCCACCACUCCAACAACGUUGCGAACAAGCUGGAUCCUCGCAUAGACUCUGAUGCCGACCACCGCGCAAACCCAAACAAGUCGACGAGCAAUGGUCCACACAGCACCAACAUUGCCAACAAGCUAGAUCCUCGUGUUGAUUCUGACCACGACCAUCGUGGCACAGAUGACAACCUCCAGGCUAGCCGAAAUGGGACCUUCGCACAUGAGUCACGAUCGACAGCGAACCCCCACAAGAGCGGCUUUCUGAACUUACUCGACCCGAGAGUUGAUCGUGACGGUGCGAAGCAGAUGCGGUCGAGUGGGUCGUAG